GGAGGAGGCCCUCGUAUUUAUGUCACAAGUGGUUCCCCCUCUGCAAGGAAUGCCCGCAAAAGACCAACGUGUUGUAAGAUCAAUCAGUAUUGAGCACGACGCACGAGGAAAACGAAAAGCAUCUGCUUUAGAAGUUUACGCUGCAGGCACGAUCUUCCCUUCAUCCCAGAUCCUCGCGCAUUUUACCAGGUCCUCACGCUCACUUCCACCCCAUCAUGUGAUGUCGAAGGUCCUCAGUGUUGACAGAUUCAUUCAGAGAAUUUGCGUUUUAGAUUUAGACUAUGACUUCUAAGAAAGCUUUUUAGAGAGACACCGGCAUGGUGGACCCAGGUGCCGCGCUUUUGGUGAACGGCGGUGUGCCUAGUGGCACCUUCGACCAGAUCCAGGUAAAGACAAAGGCCGAGGCCGACAAGAUUAUGUGUCCGAAGGCGAACGGGACGACGGACGCGCCCCCGCCCUACGUCGGCCAACUGCGGUGGAACUGCGACCAGGCUGAGGCGAAUCAGAUCUGUUGCUUCAACCGCCACUACGCGGAGCACAGCGGCUACUGGGAGCGAAAAACGAAGUUCUUCGCGGAAGAAGACGCGAAAAUCAGGACGGAGCUGAAGCUCUCGGGGGAGGGAAAUCUCCCCGAGCAGCAUCAAGUCACGUUCUACGACACCAUCACUUCGAAGCCGUUGUUUAGGGCGCCGCGCGGUCGCUCGUGGAACGCGUUCAUUCUCGAAUCCAGGCAGCACGGCUGGCCCAGUUUCCGCGACGAAGAAGUGCUGACGGGGCACGUGAGAAUCCUGCCGGGGGGAGAAGCUGUGUCCACGGCAGGGACACACCUGGGGCACAACAUUCCAGACAAGAAGGGCAACCGAUACUGCAUUAAUCUGGUCAGUGUGUGCGGCCACGGACCGGCGCGGCGGAGGUCGAGAGCGUCUGAAGAUGGUCAAGAUGGUGGAGACAAUGGUCCAGGUGGUGGUGGCGGAGGUAGUCGUAUUAACUCAUCGAAGGCCUUGGGCUUGGGCGCGGAUCUCAAGGGAGCGCUGGGAAAGAACAAGCAGACUUGA